UAUAAAAAAAUCACCGGCGAUGCGCUUCCCUCUACUCGCCUGUGCGACAUUCCACCAGCUGACCAACCAAACAAACAGACGACAUUUGGAGCGGCUGCGGGAUGACAAGCAAGCAUUAGUUGCAGGAUACUUGGUCAGUUUCCCAUCCAUAGUCCACCACAACAACACCCCAUUAUCGAAGAGUGAACUCUGGCUUCUCAAUACUUUAUACUGAUUACACAAAUAGAUUUGUGAACCUCUGGAGGAGAUCUGUCUCCUGGCCUAUUCUGAUAACACACAGAAAGUUACUGGUUCAAAAGAGAGAAAAUGGAGGAUGACUUGGAGUACUACAUAACCUUCCCAACACCCACCCCAAAGGAGACACAUAAGCAAACUGAUGCAGGGGAUAACAAUGAAGAUGAUUUUGUGUUUAUCAAUGGAGCAAAUGGGGAGAAGGAACCAGUGGUGUUUCUCUUAGGCUGGCUGGGUGCUCAGGACCACCACUUGGCAAAGUACUGCAGUAUAUAUAAUCAAAAAGGAUGUAUUACAAUCCGGUACACCUCCCCAGUGUCAUAUCUCAUUGCAAGACCAAGAACGAGACUCCCCAUUGCUCAUAAACUUCUUGGCUUACUUAGAGACAUGAGUUUGGAUGAUCAUCCAGUUUUCUUCCAUAUGUUCAGUAACAAUGGGUCACUUCUUUAUUAUGCUUUUACUCAGGCUUUAGCAGAGCCUGAUUCUCCUAAUAUCAUGGUAAAAGGCAUAAUUUUUGACAGUACUCCUGCUCCUCGGCGAUUUUAUUCAGGGGUGCGUGCCAUGUAUGAAGCAACGCCAGGACCUAUAUGGAAGAAACUCUGUGCAUCACUGGGAAUGGCAUUCUACAUUUUAAGUUAUGGGCUUCUCUCUGUUUUGUGGACCAUUAUCUCCGGUAAACUUCCUAAGCAUCCUCCCUGGGCUUUGGUUGAGGAUGUUGCUCGAUGCCCACAGCUAUUUUUAUACUCUCAAGCUGACAAAUUAAUUAGUUCUGAUGAUGUUGAGUUUUUCAUCACGGAGCGGCAGAAACUAGGGGUCCCUGUUGUUGCGAAGUGUUGGACUGAUUCUCCUCAUGUUCAACAUUACAGGAUGCACCCAGAAGAGUAUAGGGAGUCUGUGUAUUCUUUCUUGUCAUUGUGCCUGAGCAAGGACAUGAUAGUCGUGGAGCAGCCGACCACCACUGCUGGAGACGUGGGUAAACACAAGAGUGAUUAGCCAUAGACAAAGUUCUUAUCAAAUUAUGUACAGCACUUUGAGAGUGUAGGGAGAAAAUCCUUGUAAAUUUGUAGCUUUCCAAAUGUACAGAUUAAAAUAAAAAGGUUACUUGCAAAGUAGAUUAUCAAAGAAAAAAUGAAAAGGAUCACAGGUAUUUCAGAAAGUAAAGUAACUGAAAAAUAAAAUAUAAAUUGCUUUUGAAUGCCAACAAAAUUAUUUGAUCUUGCAAAAUUUUAAUAUCUAAUUUUUUUUUUUUUUUUUUUUGAGAUAUAUACAAGAGUUGUUACAUUCUUGUACAGCCACUAGUACGCGUAGCGUUUCGGGCAGGUCCCUGGAAUACGAUCCCCUGCCGCGAAGAAUCAUU